AUGACUAAGCAGAAUUCUUCGGUGACAUCACAGGAAUUCAAUAAAACAGCCUACUUGAUAAAGAACAAAUCCCGUGUGACUUUACCUGGAGUCACUCCAGGUAUGGUUCUCCAGGCUUCCUUGAGUUCUUAUCAUAGCAUUGUCAACGAGGCACGACUACCGGACGCACGUUAUUGCAGUGUUCUUAAUUUUAAACCACAGGAUCGACGGCUUCGCCUACGUUCUUCUCCCUUUCAACCGCUGCCAUGCAUGUCGGCUGCCCGACGGAGCUGCGAACACUGCCCCUGGAUGGUGUCUAGCGCAUUCAAUUCUGCAGAGCUCAAAUCGGAAGCGCUGCGACGUGUGCUUCACACCGUAGCCGAGGCAGCCUCUUCGAGUCGUCAGCAUCAAACCACCCGCACUGCCUACAAUGCGCCGAUGGUUCACUUCUUAGAACCUCUUUCAGUUCCGGUAAAGCCGCACUCUCUGCAGGAGUUGGAGCUUGUUUAUUCUCCGUCUAAUGACGGGGGGGGGGGGGCACUGGUAGAAGAAAAGGAGAAUCGGGGUUUUAGUUUUGUGGCCACAACCUGCGAGGGCUACUCUACUGUGCGAGGUUGCUUUCUGCUUACGCUAGAGGAGAAGCGGCUGAUUUUUUCUCUCAACCGUUGGGCCGCGCAGCUACCUGCGGUCAUGCGUGGCUCUCUUAAAAUGGCUUAUGUCGCGCAGCUCAGCUCAGAGACGAGCGUGCGCGGCGAUCCUGGCGUGGGGCUACAGGAGCUCCGGUGGCAGUCAACCCUAUCAUUGGUGGUCCUUUUGAAUCGCGACGUGCACAAUUGGGGCCCGCAGAGCCCCUUAUGCGGUCCCAACCACCCGCCUGAUCUACUCUCACAUGAGGAGCAGGCGCUCGUGGAUGCCGUGCUCGCGGCCGCGCCACUUCAGAAGGAUAUUCACGUGCUCGUGUGCCUCGACGAGAACGAGCUAGAGGUUUUGUACCCCGUCGUCAAUCGAGGGGUGCGGUGGGAGGACAUUGCCAACUGUGCGCAGGGUAGCCCACCGGGGAUUCCUGUACGACCCGCGCUAAGAUGCAUCUGUGGUUCUAUGGAGGCACCCGUUCAUGUGCCGUUCCCUGGGCUUCAUAAUCACUUGUGCUACAAUCUGCACCGCCGGUAUCUCCACCGGUCAAUGCCAAAAGACGAAUCCGCCAAGGAUCUCCUGUGUGCCGCGCGCCCAGUGUUCUGGAGACAUUCUGAGGCUUUGAGCACCGCCUGUUCCGCGGUGGCCACAUUGCUUCUGGGCUCUGACACAGUAUCCGCAUCUCCGUUUAUUGUGGGGCUGUUUCCAAGGGAGAUACCCCAAACAGCAGACGCGUCAGCGGCUUCUUCCGGUGCCGGCAAACACAAGCCUGCGUCACUCGCAGACUCACGGGCGGCCACAAUGCUUUUUACUGCUGCUUUGAGUGCGACUAUCCGCGAAUUCACAACUAGGUUUGACCAAAAAGAUUGCGUUGGUGUUUUGAAUUUGGGUGAAAUUUUGAAAGAUCAAGGAGAGGGGGCAACGAAACUAUUCCAUGCGGCUUCGUUUUUCAUGAUGGCAACGGUAGCUGAUGCUCAUGCGGAUAGUCGAGAGGUUUGCGAAUUGAUACAUGCAUGGCAAGAUCAGCUGCUUCGAGUGAACAUAUACCCAACACAAAUUGCCCGACUUAUGCUGCUUCAGUGCUCUACCAAUAUGAAAUUGGAGGCUCUAAAGGUUGUGGUGGAGAAAAUACUGGAGGACUUCGGUGGCCAUGGGAACAAGACAGCAAUGCGCCUUCAUGUUGAUCGUCUUCAGGCUGGGGUAAUAGAUGUAGAUAUUUUGUCCGCAUCUUUUGUCGGUUACACCUUGAUCGAGUUAUCUUGGAGGUAG